AUGAGCGAGAGGAGUGGAAAACCACAACAGAACCGUAGGAAGCCAUAUAGUGCUCCCGCUGGAAAGGGAAAACAGCAAGCUGCUAAAGGUAAGAGGCCAAGUGAUGGAGGUGCUCCUUAUAACCUUAGAUGUUUCAAAUGCUGUGAGCGAGGACAUCAGAUCAGUGAAUGUACUAUUGAUGUGAAGAAGUGUUACCGUUGCGGAAAGAGUGGGCAUGUGAUGGCUGAUUGUAAACACAAGGAAAUGAUAUGUUUCACUUGUGGUGAAGAGGGGCAUAUCAGUACUCAUUGUCAAAAGCCAAAGCAAGCUCACUCCGACGGGAAGGUCUUUGCUUUAGCAGGGAGUCAGACAUCCAGUGAAGACAGAUUGAUUAAAGGUACGAACUGGUUGGAAUUUAAUUAUGUUCAUUUUAAUUGCUACAACAAGUCUGUUUGGUUUCUUACUUCUGAUGAGGAGGAGAAAGUUGGUUUAUUGACUACUAGGAAGUUGAUUGAGUUGAUGCAAGAGGAGGCUCAAGUGUUUUCGUUGAUUGCAUCCUUUUCUGAUGAAAAUCAAGCUGCAAUUGAUAAGUUAUAG